AUGUUCAGGUCGUCGAUAUUGCUACUCGUCUUCCCGCUGCUUGUGCGCGCGCAAUAUGGAUUCGGUCCCAUCUCGAGCGAGGAAGGCGGCAACUCGACAAGUACGCAGCCGUUGCUUGCGGACCAGGCGGCGGACUUGCGAGCGGCGGGGUUCAUCCUGGAGUACAGUCUCAUUGGCAUAGUGGUCGAGUCGCUGCUGUUUGGUGUAUUCUUGACGCUGUACGCGUUCUCCACGAAGAUCUUGUUUCACAAGGGGUUGAAUAACGCGUCAUACCGUGGCAUGUUCGCCGUCACAACCGCCAUGGCCAUCGCAUCGACAAGCUAUUGGGGUAUCAGCCUGGCCAUCGUGAUCAAGAACCUCCGCGACAUCCUCGUCAAUCAUCCCAGCUUGUCGAUCUCUGACAGGUUUGAUAUGGCGAACGUGAACGUUUUGAAGCUAUACAUAGCAGAAGUCUAUUUACCAAUGGUUAACUACUGGUUCAGCGAUGCGGUAGUGGUGUGGCGUGCAUGGACGUUGUGGCCGCAGCGCAAGUGGCUGGUACUGUCGUUCCCAAUGUUCUGUCUCUUCGCGUCUUUUGUCACAAACUUGGCCGUAGGCGGGAUGAAGGUCCGCGCGCUGCACCACGACAGCGAUGCUUGGGAGUACUCCAUGUCGUAUCUCCAAAUCGCUAGUUGGUCGCUCUCACUGGGCACGAACUUCUUCGCCACGCUCGCUAUCGCCUGGAAAGCAUGGGCAUUCCGCCGCAACAUCAGCGAGAACCUCGGCGAAAGCAGCUCCCGUACACGCGUCGAAAAAGUCCUCGCCAUGCUCGUCGAAACCGGCGUGCUCUAUUUCCUCACACAGCUCGCGGUCGUCGUCAGCUGGUUCGUCCUGCUCCCCGGCACCGUGAGCGCGUGGGCGUCCGAUCUGUUCGGCGAGGCGGCGGCUAUGCUGGCUGCGAUCUACCCGACGGUCGUCAUCGUGCUCGUCAGCCUGGACAACGUCGUGCUGGAUAUGGCGCGCACGCGCGUGUCCCCCGCUCCGUCGUCUAGCGGCAUAACGGCACGGAACGAUACGCAUAUGAGCUUCGCGGGCAAUCCGUCUGAGACGCUGUCUGCGUAUCCUGGGAGCGAGGAGGAGAAGAGCCGGUUCGCGCCGCUGAGCGUCGGCGUGCUGAGUAGUAUGCACCUCAGCGCGUCGAAUGUUGGGAGUGCGAGCGAGCUGGGAUAUGAUACGCCUCCGGGGUCGAGUAAAGUGCCCGACUUCGAGAGGCAAUGA